GUAUGUAUCUGACCAGGGUCCAGGGGAGUACCGUUCACUAUGUCAGCACAAGUUGCUGACGUCUCUGCAGCUUCCAGCCCCCGCUGCACGCCUCCACCCCCCCACACAGCUGGAGUGGACGUCCAAUCAGAGGAAAGGAACGAUGCUUGUGGAAGUUAAGACUUUUAAUGAUGAAGAGUUGACAACUGAGGUGGAGUCAUGGACCACAGGAGAGCAGCUGGCUUCUUGGCUUCUUCGUUAUCGAGGUGUGAUGGAGGCUCUGCAAGGCUGGUCUGUGUCUAUUGCUACCGAUGAAGGGUGGUCAGACCUGGCCGGCUCUGACUUUGUCAUGGACCUUCUGGCUGGGGCUGAGGCUGAAGCUGAAGCCCUUCAUGGACCAGCGACGCCCUCCUCCGCAAACUCUGACUACCUGUUUAGAAACCAAGGAGACAG